GUCGCGCUUUUUCCCAUCUGGUCCCAUUCGUGUUAUGCAAAAGACUACGAAUCCGGCUAAAUAACAUAAUUUUGAAAGAAAUGCAGUCAAUUUUGAACUCUAUGCGAACGCUGGCCCUCCGGCAGGCCACUGGCGACACAGUCCGCCGGCUUCACUUGUCCGCCGUAAACGAGGCAGCCCGUAAAGGCACACGGGAAAAGGCCCGCAAGAAGAAGGUUAAAGUGGAAGUCAAAAAGGUGGGAUUUAUUCCGCACAACCAGCGCAACAAAAAAAUUAACGUUAAACGUGCCGAUAAACAUGUUGACGAUUCGUGGAAACAGGUGCCCAAGGAUGACUGCUACGUGGGCCGUUAUUACCGCUGGCCGGUGUACUCCGUCGCCGAAGCCAUCCAGUGCCAUCGCGAAACCCAUCAUCCAAGCAUGUACAAUGUGCCCAAUGCGCCUCUGAACGUGGACAUCGAGCUUAACAUGCAGGGCGAGAAGGCUACCCGAUUUGUUGACAACUUCCAGCGCAUGGCCAUGAUUCCGCACAAGUUCGAGCACGGCGAGGAGCGAAAGAUCAUCGUCUUUACCAAGGGAAAUAAUGAAAUAGUGGAAGCCAGAGAAGCGGGUGCGUCCUUAGUAGGAGGAGUGGAGUUGAUCAAAGACAUAACCAGUGGCGAGCUUUUGCUUUCCGACUAUCAGUAUAUCAUUGCUCAUCCCAACAUACUGCCAGAGUUGGUGGCCCUGAGGGGUCUCAUGAAAAGAAAGUUUCCCAACCCAAAAAGCGAAACCCUCGGCGUAAACCUCGCCGAGAUGAUCGUUAAGUUUUCCAAUGGCAUUAGCUACAGUGCCGCCAAGGACGAAUACCAACAGAACUUUGGCCUUAUAACCGCCAGUGUAGGAACACUCGACAUGGACGAACAGAAGCUGGAGGAAAAUAUAAAGUUUCUCCUGCAAGAUGUGAAUGCCAUGCGGCCCAAGCGUGAGGGUCGCUUCAUAACUCGUGUGCUCCUGAAGAGUCCGCCCAGCAGUGAGCAGCUUAAAAUUGAUCCAUUUGUCUACGUUCCUGAGAUGUGGGAGAAAAGCUCAGCGAAGGUGAAAAAGGAGGACGUCAAAAAGCAGGAGGAGCCAACUGAAGCCAAAGAAGCAGUGGCUGCGGGCAAUUAGUUAACAUACAUGCCCAUGUAUUUGUAUUGUUGAUGGAUCGUUUGUGCAUACUUUAAACUUACAUCUCCUAGAA